GUGUCAGCAACUGCCAUGGAUAACAAGCUGUCUUCCAACCAGAUUCGGAAGAUGUUCAUCGACUAUUUUGUCGAUAAGCGUGGCCAUAAAUACUGCCAUUCGUCCUCGGUCAUUCCCUACGAUGACCCAACCUUACUGUUCGCUAAUGCAGGAAUGAAUCAGUUUAAACCGAUUUUCCUUGGGCUGGCCAAUCCGAACAGCGAUUUGUCGAAACUGGUGCGUGCGGUGAAUACACAGAAGUGCAUUCGUGCGGGUGGCAAGCACAACGACUUGGACGACGUGGGAAAGGACGUGUAUCAUCAUACGUUCUUUGAGAUGUUGGGGAACUGGUCGUUCGGAGACUAUUUUAAAAAAGAAGUAUGUACGUGGGCGUGGGAAUUGUUGACGGACGUGUUUCAUGUCCCAAAGGAUCGACUGUACGUUACCUAUUUUGGGGGAAAUGUCGAAGCCAACCUUGAGGCGGACUUCGAAUGCCGAGACACGUGGCUGGAAUUGGGACUACCAGCAGAGCGAAUCCUGCCGUUUGGCAUGAAGGACAACUUUUGGGAGAUGGGCGACGUCGGUCCCUGUGGUCCGUGCUCCGAAAUCCACUACGAUCGAAUCGGCAAUCGCAACGCGGCGCCGCUUGUCAACCGGGAUGAUCCGGACGUGUUAGAAAUAUGGAAUCUUGUAUUUAUUCAGUUUAACAGGCAUAUCGACUGUGGCCUCGGUUUCGAACGCCUUGUGUCAGUUAUUCAAGGAAAGCAUUCAAAUUAUGACACGGAUUUGUUCCUGCCGAUUUUUGACCGUAUUGCUCAGGCGAGAAUCAUUAUUUGCUGUUUGAUAUUUUCUUCUUAUUCGCACUUAGAAACGAAUAGCAGGCCAUACACUGGCAGAGUCGGCGCCGAGGACGAAGGUCAGAUUGACAUGGCUUAUCGGGUAGUGGCUGAUCAUGUGCGAACGUUGACGGUCGCAGUAGCAGAUGGCGGACGACCGGACAGUACAGGCCGAGGAUAUGUUCUUCGGCGAAUUCUGCGGCGAGGCGUGAGGUACGCGAUCGAGAAGCUGAAUGCAAAACCUGGAUUUUUCGCCUCUCUCGUACCUACCGUUGUCGAAGUAUUGGGACCAACGUUUCCAGAACUGACGAGGGAUCCGGACAUGAUCAUGAAUAUUAUUAACGACGAGGAAACGCAUUUCCUGAAGACCUUAGCACGAGGUCGACGUUUAUUGGACCAAGUUAUGAAAAAAAUCGGCGGUCAACAGCGCGUGAUUCCAGGCGACGUUGGUUGGCGACUAUACGACACCUUUGGCUUUCCAAUCGAUCUUACUCAACUUAUUGCGGAAGAGAACGGUUUUUCGGUCGAUCUGCAAAGCUAUGAAGCGGCAAAACUCUGUGCUCAACGCAAUUCAGCUGCCAAACUGGCAGAGUACGGUGGAAGCGGUGUCGACAUUGAUGUCGUUGCUGUGUGCGAACUUCAGCACCGCGGUGUUGAACGAACGGACGAAUCGUGGAAGUACAAUUAUAAGCUUAAAGAUCCGUUCAGCGAUGACUAUGGUAGGUGCAUCCUUUUGAUCGGGUCUCGCACAAAGUCGUCUUAGCG